AAACCUUACAUUAGUACAUUGUAUAUUUUGUUGUUCUCUAAUUCAGUGUCAAAUGUACGCCAUCAGCUAAGAAUGUAACAUUUUUCUUGAAAGCCACAAUUUUUCUCUGUACAAGUGAACAUUUUCAUCUUUAAGAGAAACACAAGGGUAGAUACCAGACCACGACUCGGGUAAGAGACUUCGCGACACACUGCGGUUACUUAAUGGAACCGCCUGAUAGUUAGGCAACAUGCCGCCAUGGGUGCACUGGAGUUGGGCGCUUGCCUAUCCUGUGGUCUGCAGGGGUCCAACUCACUGCCACUGCACGCGGCAUUGGCGAGGCGGAGAGUGCCUCGAGGGGUGUGGCGCUGCCGCAGCGGCGCUACCCCGGCCACCCAGAGUCAGAGGCGGAGCGUAUCUUCUGCCCCCCUCCCUCCCCUGCCCCCUUCAUCAUGUAACUCCAACAUCUGCUGCUGGUCCUUACUGGUCGCCUUCAUACCACUCCUGUGAGGUUUGGUCGUAGGUUGCCUGGGGGUCAGAAGAGAGAGGUGAUAGUGCACCGACUACUAUCAAUAUGGUACUCACUUGAAAUGGAAGUGUGUGAACGUCGCGCACUUCACACCUGUAGCUGUGUAAAUCCCUAUUCGUUAAUACACUUAAGGGAGUAAAGUUGCGAUUUUUUAAAAAAAAUUCACACGUACGGUACUUGUGCCUCCACCUGUGCGAAAAGCGUUCACACACCUACAAGUAAGUGACAUUCACACACUUAUGUUUCCGGUGUGUACUCAUGACCGUCGGUGUGUUUAAAAUGUCCGUUGGACCAUUAAAAUCAAACAAGCGAAGCACAGAAAGCAAGCAAAGUAUUGUUAUUAUACCGCGACGAAACGUUUUUUUUUUUUUAAUUAUGCUGUUCCUCUUUUUAAUCCACCGACCAAGUUAACAAAAGCUCGCUCGAAAUGAUUUGAGACCAAAGACAACACAUCCCGAAUUGUAUCGGCCUGGACACGAUGCGUCGUUCUAUGUUGCCCAGCUUGUCGAAAUAUGUGCAAACAUCGAGGCAAACACAGUGAAAAUACAACAAGUAAACAAACCGGUACCCAACAUUUGACAGCCAGCUGAGCUGCUCGCCGCCUCCUGUCUUGUCGUUAAAAGCUUCCCCUCCCCAAGUCUAUUUUUGUGGCACGCACGCCACGCCGCGUCGCACCACGUCCCGGCACGCCACCGGCCGCGUCAGUCGCGCGCACGCGUGCAGGAGACGCACACCCGCGUGUUGCAGAGACUCCUCGCGCGCCCGGGACUGACUGGCCAAUGCAUCCUGCAGCUCCACGUCAAAAAGGAGGGCUCGUCACCGCUGCUGUCCCUCUGAGGGAGCAGCCGCCCGUCCCGGAGUGGUGGCUGUGGCUAGCGGCACAGUGCUGAGCUGAGCACGAGCACCAGGACGCCAUGGGGCAGCUCAAGCUCCUCACGCUCGUGCUCGGCGUGUGCCUCGCCGCUGCCCCAAGGGUGGCGAGCCUACCGCAGCAGGUCCAUAUCGGAGGACUUUUUGAGUCCACGGAGCACGACGUUGGGAUCGCCUUCGCCCGCGCCGUGGCUGCCAUCAAUGCCGAUGACUCGAUCCUUCCCGAUGUGGAGCUCGUUGCAAAACCCAUCCAGGUCCCACAGUGGGACAGCUUCUACACGACCAAAAUGGUGUGCGAGCUGAUGUCAGGGGGGCUGGCGGGCAUCUUCGGGCCCAGCUCGGCCACCACCACCCCGGAGGUGCAGGCCGUGUGCGACACGAUGGAGGUCCCGCACAUCCAGACGCUCUUCAACCCUUACCUCAACAGAGAGACGUGUUCCAUCAACCUACACCCACACCAUAACACUUUCUCUGAGAUCCUGGUUCGGCUGACGGACGCCUACGAGUGGAAGGACUACACCAUACUCUACGAGGAUGAUGACAGCCUGGUGAGGGUCACCCGGCUGCUGGAGAAGUACGACCCCAGGGGCCCCACCGUCACCGUGCGCCAGCUCCCUCUCGAAGACAUGAAGCCCGUAUUCAGAGAGCUCCUCCACGACAAUGUGAAAAAUAUCAUCAUCGACUGCGGUAUCAACACACUGAAAGACGCGCUGGCCCAGGCGCAGCAGAUUGGCGUCAUGGGCAAGAACUUUAACUACAUCAUUACCAAUUUGGACUUCCAUACUCUAGACCUGGAGCCGUACCGGUACUCCGGCACCAACAUGACAGGCCUGCGCAUCGUGCGCCCGGACAGCCCGCUGGUGAAGAGCGCCGUAGAAGCCUGGGCCUCUGCUGCGGCUAUGGCGGGCGAUACCUCAGACCUCGAGCCCGAAAAUCUUAAGAUGGGCCCAGCUCUCAUGUGGGACGCGGUGCAUCUAUUCGCGCGCGCCCUGGAGCGGCUGGACCAGAGCAGGAUGGUGGAGCUGCCUGCGCUGGAGUGUGACGACAAGAAGGACCAGCCCGGCGAGCGCGGCCUGGCCAGCUGGGACCAUGGCUUCAGCCUCCUCAACUUCAUGAGAACGACUGAGAUCGAGGGGCUCACGGGUACCCUUCGGUUCGACAACCAAGGAUUUCGCACUGACUACUUGCUGGACAUCGUGGAGCUCAGUCCCGCCGGGGAGAGCACCGUUACAAUCGGCAACGUAGAUCUUAACACGUUCAACCUAACGCGCAUCGAGCGCGCGAAGGAGGACCAGCGCCGGGUACUGGAGACGGUGCGCAACAUGACCUUCAGAGUCCAGAUUGCCAUAUCAGAGCCUUACAACAUGCUUCAAGAAACGGCCACAAUACUGACGGGCAACGACCGCUACGAGGGCUUCUGUAUCGACUUGAUUAAGGAGCUAGCGCUGAAUCUGGGCUUCAACUACACCUUCAUCCAUCAGCCAGGCAUGUCGUUCGGGGAGUGCGACAACAUCACUGAGAGAUGCACCGGCAUGCUGGGCCAGGUGCAGAAAGGGGAAGCUGACCUUGCCAUAACGGAUCUGACCAUAACCGCUAACCGCGCGCUUGGGGUAGAUUUCACUGCACCGUUCAUGAACUUGGGCAUCGGGCUGCUGCACACCGUCCCGAAGCAGAUGCAGCCCAGCCUCUUCUCCUUCUUGGAUCCGUUCUCGAGCGAGGUAUGGGUGUAUCUGCUCGCCGCCUAUGUCGUCGUGUCCGUGGAGAUGUACAUCAUGGCCAGGAUCACGCCGGCCGAGUGGACCAACCCGUAUCCAUGCAUCGAAGAGCCCGAAGAGCUCGAGAACCAGUUCAGCAUGCUCAACGCUUUCUGGUUUACUAUUGGAGCUAUUAUGCAGCAAGGUUCCGAAAUUGCACCAAUUGCGCCGUCUACGAGGAUGGUCGCCGGCAUGUGGUGGUUUUUUUCUCUCAUCAUGGUGUCAUCCUACACAGCCAACCUGGCCGCCUUCCUUACUGUGGUGCCUACCCAGGAACUCAUUUCAGACCCUAAACAGUUGCUGAACCAGAACAAGAUCAAAUACGGCGCAAAGUUUCCGGGCUCGACCUGGAACUUUUUUGCGGGGUCGGAGGAUCCGAUCUUCAAACAGCUGUAUGCGAACAUGGAAAAGGUGUCCGACAAUCUUCCUGGAGUAAAACGAGUCAUGGAUUCGGGUGGCGCGUUCGCCUUUUUUAUGGAGUCCUCCUCCAUCGAGUACCAGGCGCAGCGCGAGUGCGAAGUCCGCCAGGUGGGACAGAACAUCGACGAGAAGGGCUACGGUAUCGCCAUGCGCAAGAACGCGCCGUACAGGUCCGCACUGUCCGCGGGAGUGGUGAAGCUGCAGGAGAGCGGCAAACUGUCGGAGCUGCGGACGCGCUGGUGGGAACAGCGGCGCGGCGGCGGCAAGUGCUCCGGGGCCGCGAACAAGGACAGCGGCCAGCCCGAGCUCGGUAUGGAGAACAUGGGUGGGGUGUUCCUGGUCCUGGGCGUGGGGGUGUCCCUCGCCAUGCUGCUGGCCUUCGCUGAGCUGGUCUGGGACCUGACCGCCAAGCGCCACAGUGGUGAGGUAGCAUCCUUCCGCGCAGAGCUCCUGGAGGAACUGAAGUUUAUUUUCCAAUGGAGCGGCUCCACAAAGCCGGUAAAGAAGUCCGUCAAGUCUGAGGACAAGAAGGUAGAAGACGAGCAAAUAAAGAAGGACUUUCAGCCACUUCCCUACACCGACAGCGAGGCGGGCCCCAUUCAGAACCACAAGGAGCCGCUUUUUUAGGGGCGCUAUUAUGAAAACAAGGGAAAGUGAACAUUGCCAUUGCCAGUACACUGCUUUUAGUCUGAAGAGACAGCCUACUAUUGUGACGGGUAUUAUUAUUAUUAUUAAUAUUGGUGUCUUUAUUCUUUUCUACGAUUUUGUUUUUUGUGCUAAUUUAAGCCAUAUAAAUAAAUUGUAUAAGUUCCGA